GAAAAAAUUGAAGAGAUGUUUCGAGCGAGUUUGACUGGAAUAACUCUAGCUCAAAUUCAAAACCGUUGGCUGAAAUCGACCGGAUUUCACCUCAACCUCUCAACUGAGGAGCAUUUAUGCACGAACUUCUUCUGUAAUGGUGACCCGACUCCUGUCCCGUAUCCCCUUACACACACCGCCAUCAUGAUUCACGCGAAAGAGAGAGAAAACAUGGCAGCGACGAUAACUUGCUCAGAGAACUCCCUCUGCUAUAAGAAGAAUGAACUUGCAAAGGAUAGCAUAAGUUCUCUUUGCUUGAAUACCAGAUGGGGUCGCUUAUUCUCUCUUCAAGAAUCCAAGCUCUAAGUUCGUUUCCACCUUCCCGUCUUCGCGGGAUUCGUUGCUCCAAAGAAGACCUCAAAGGGCAGCGGGUCGCGGUUAUUGGCCUAGGUAUAUCAGGAAAAGCUGCAACAAGGCUGGCACUUGCUAGAGGUGCUUCUGUUAUUGGCAUUGAUAGGAAUGAACAAUUAAUCCCUUUUGAAAAUGCGCCUGAAAUGGGUGAAUAUGCAAAUUUGCAAACAGUUCUUGGUGAUUGUGACAUUUCACAAUUGGAAAAUGCUGAUAGGAUUGUAGUUUCUCCUGGAGUUUCUCUCGAGGAGUAUGCUAUUUCAGCUUUGAUGAACUCUGGGAAGAAUGUAAUGUCUGAGCUGGAUUUUGCAGCAGAAAUUUUACCCCCAAAUGUCAAGGUUUUGGCUGUUUCAGGGACAAAUGGAAAAUCAACUGUUACAUCUUUUGCUGGACAGAUGCUUGAACAUUUGGGCAUUAAAGCCUUUGUUGGAGGGAACUUUGGGAAGCCACUCUCUGAGGCAGCUAUAUCGUAUUUAAAUUCAUCUUCAGUAGAAGAUAUAUAUCAGGUUGCUGUGGUCGAGGUUAGCAGCUAUCAGAUGGAAAUACCAAGCAAGUACUUUUGUCCUUCUGUUGCAGUGAUUCUAAACCUCACGCCUGAUCAUCUAGAUAGGCACAAGAGUAUGCAAAAUUAUGCUGAUAUAAAAUGCAAUCUAUUUUCCCAUAUGAAGGCCAGCAAGCUUGCACUUCUCCCAAUUGGUAAUCCUUACUUGGAUAAAGCUUUUCGCAAGCAUGCAAAUGGUUGCUACCUUACUUGGAUUGGCGAUUUCCCUGGUAUAAAGAUGGAUAUGGAAGCAAAAGUUGCAAAGCUUAAAUUUCCUACAACAGAUGCUGUUGCACAUUUAGACCUGAGUGAUCUAAGAGCGACAGGCACUCACAACUAUACUAAUGCUGCAGUGGCGGCAUUUUUAGUUCUUGGGUUAGAUGUUGGAGCAGAUUAUCUCUCUAUAAAUUCUAUAGUCAAAAAGUUGACACUUCUUCCACACAGAAUACAAGUUGUUUGUACUGAUGCUCGUGGGAUAAGGUGGGUGGACGAUAGCAAAGCCACCAAUGUUGAAUCGACAUAUACUGGACUGCUAAGUCUCAAAGAUCACAAGUCAAUCGUCCUUCUUGGGGGUCUUGCUAAGAUCCUAAAUGGUGAAGGCUGUAAUGGAUUUGAACAACUCGUGGAACUUCUUGAGCACCACAGAGCUGUCAUAACUUUUGGAUUUUCCGGGGAGAUGAUCUAUAGGACCUUAUGCAAUGCUGGCCUUAGCAUCCCUUGUAUCAAAGCUACAAAUCUGGAAGAUGCUGUUAAACAUGCAAAGAGCGUUGCAGUGAAAGGUGAUGUGAUUCUGCUAAGCCCAGGCUGUGCUAGUUUUGAUGAAUUCAGAAAUUUUGAGCACCGAGGAGAAGUGUUUCAAGAGCUAGCACUCUCUUCCUAGGCUGGAAUCAACUUCCACCUGCCCUAAAUUUUUGAAAUCAUGUGAGACUCAUGCCACCGGUUUUGGCUGAUUCUAGUUGCAUUUUUUUGCAUUUCAUGCUUGUUUUAUAUUAUUAUUUAAUUAUUCUGCUCUUUGGUUUGGAGUGCAAUGGUUUGCUUAUUAUCUUAUUUAAGAUUGGCUUCUUUUUUAGUGUAAAAUGGAAAAAAAUACUACAUCAGUA